AUGCGGUUCAAGAAUUCCCUGACGUGCAUCGACAUGCACACAGCAGGUGAGGCGGCGCGGAUUGUCACGAGCGGACUGCCGCGGCUGCCGGGCGCCACGAUGGCGGCGAAGAAGGCGUACCUGCAGGAUCACAUGGACAUGCUGCGGCGCCGCGUGAUGCUGGAACCACGCGGGCACGACGACAUGUUCGGCGCCUUCCUGCUGGAACCCGUGGCGGAGGGCGCCGACAUGGGCAUCAUCUUUAUGGACAGCGGCGGCUACCUGAACAUGUGCGGUCACAACUCCAUCGCGGCGGCAACGACGGCAGUGGAGACGGGCCUCGUCGACGUUCCAGCGGGCGCGACACAGGUGCCGCUCGUGCUCGACACACCGGCAGGACUGGUGCGCACCGUCGCCCACCUCGAGCCCGGAAGCGCGAGUGAAGUGGCUCGCGUGAGCAUCACAAACGUGCCCGCGUUCCUAUACCAGCGGGAUGUAACGGUCGUGCUGCCGCCGCCGUACGGCGAGGUGCGCCUCGACAUCGCGUUCGGCGGUAGCUUCUUCGCCAUUGCGGCGGCUGCGCAGCUCGGUCUAAACGUCUGCACCGACCACCUUGCGCAGCUGCAGGAGGCCGGUGAACUCCUGCGUGCGGAGGUGAAUCGCAGCGUGAGGGUGCAGCACCCAGAGCUGGCGCACAUCAACAGCGUCGACUGUGUGGAGUUCUACGGCCCUGCGACUCACCCAGAGGCGACGUGUAAGAACGUCGUGAUAUUCGGCAACCACCAGGUUGACCGCUCGCCGUGCGGCACUGGCACGAGCGCAAAAAUGGCGGCACUCCACGCCAAGGGUGAGCUACGCAUUGGCGAGCCGUUCGUUUACGAGAGCAUCCUUGGUACCCUCUUUCACGGCCGGCUGUUGGAAGAACAGCGCGUACCGGGUUUGCGAGUGCCGGCAACAGAGACAGGGGAAGAGGGGAUGCUCGUCGCUACGCCGGAGAUCAGCGGCUCGGCGUAUAUCACGGGUUUCAACACACUCCUGUGUGAUCCGCGGGAUCCGUUCUGUGACGGCUUCACACUGAAGAAGUGA